CAGUGGUAGUUGUUGACAGUGAAGUGAGGGGAGGUGUUCUGUGGUGAUGUCUGUUCUGAAGAUGGUGAGAGUGAAGUGAGUCAUGCUUUCCAUCCUGCUUCUGUACUUUGUAGUUCAGGGAGCAGGUGAGGCUACAGCUGACAGUGGCAAAUCAUCAUGGGAGUGUGUGGCCAUAGAUGGGAUGCGGGUGGCCAAUGGGGAAAUGUUUGUCCCUGGCCCGGACUACUGCACUGUAUGCCGCUGUGAGGAGGGCAAGUACAAGGAGUGUCAGUCAGUACUCUGCCAGCCUCCUCAGAAUUGCAAGUCAUUCCGCCUGGUAGAACUUGUUGUGACUUUAUUUGCCUGGAUGACAAAUUACCCACGUUACCUGAUGCUGAUGGCCCGUCCACCGACCUGGGGCUGCGCAUGGUAGCCUCUGCUGUCACUGCCAUCCUCUCUUUAGCCCUUCUGCUUUUCCUCAUUCAUAGACUGAGGCAGCGUAGACUGAGAGCUCAACAACAAUAUUAUGAAGAUCAGUUGGAUUCUCCUAUUGGGCCUAAUCCAGAUUCAUGCCACAGCAAUGCUUGCUGUCACAAUGCUGCUUACUGUAAUGGUAAUGACCAUGUGGAUUUCUUCUUAGAUGGCCAGACACCACCAUAUUCCCUCUGGAAACCUCCUUCAUUUUAUUUUCCCCAUGAAGAUGCUCCCCCACCUUACAGUGAAGUAGUAGAGAGUUCUUUUAGAAUGCCACAGACAAGCUCCUCCUACCCAGCUUUGGGUCCACUUAUGGUGCAGCUUGGACCUGCAGCAGGUGAAUCCUCAGAUGCUAAUGAAGGAGGGGCUCUGGCACUCAUUGGAGCUAUUGGUGGCAGCUACAGAGGUCCUUGCACCUCAACUCACCCACCUUCCAGAGCAGCUUCCAGUCCUGCUAAACACUGGGAUGUAACAUUGAGGUCAGAUGAAGUGUAUGAGGAUGUUGAUGUUGAUGUGACUCCAGAGGAUCUUCCCCCACCUUACUAUCCUCCCAUUCACCCUCUCAACAACCUGGAUCAUAACACUGAGGUUACCAGGGACAACACACAGAACAAUAGUGGGAGGGAUUCUGGAGCAGGCACUCAGGCCCAGGAUCCCAGUUGUAGGUUGUGUGGACCUGAACAACACCCACUUGCCAGCAGCAGCAGCAGCAGCAAUGUGGAACAGAAUCAUCAUGGUGCUUCUGCUGCACCUACCAGAUUAAGCCCCAAAGAAGGACAUUCCUCAGCCAGUCACAGGGAUGCUGGCCGCACAACCACCAUGGAACAGUUUCAGCUGCGCCUCAGUAUGGACAUGUCUGACUCCUCACUUUCAUCUGACAUUCCUACAAGGACAUUUUCUUCAUCUUCUGAAGAUUCUACCUCGAUGGAUAUGACAUCUGAGAUGCGACUCCCAAGAACAUGAAAGCCAAGCUUCUGUAUGCAGUUCAACAGAUUUUUAUGUUAGUGUGUGAACCUGUGUAAAAUUUCAUUAUAUUGUAAGAUUAAAAUUUCAAUGUUG